ACUAAGAAGCAUGAUUGCUUGCGGCAAGGCCGAGCUAUAGCUUGCAGGUGAGCGAGCAGGCGAUAACUUGGCUGCUCGUGCGUGCGGCUUGGACGGGAAAGGUCUUUUUUUUUUUCAUUGACUACGCUUAUAUAGGCUCUUUUACGUCUGAAAUAGAUUUUUAUUGAAAGUUUGGAUUAUUUAUAUCCUAUAUUGAAGUAGAUUUUUUUUGAAGGAAAUUUUUCUCAUAAACUCUACUCUUUUUUACCGAAACAUAUAUAAUUCAAUUCCUAUUAUGUAAUACUGUAUUUAUUAUAAAACCGAAUAUGAUUUGGACAGUAUCUAAUUGAAUAAACAAAUCAAUAAAUAAUACUCCUCACAGCAUUUUUUUUUACACACCGUACAACAUUACUUGAACAAGUAUUGGAAGCGGCAUUCCGCGGCUCUGGUUACUGUCUUGGCCUUCAAGACAACUGCUCCUUCCAUGUCCUGCAACAAAUUCCAGUAACUGUAAAAUCAUAAGCAAAGAAAAUCCCCAAAAUGAAAUUUAGGGUUCAUCGGAAAUUCCCAGUAUUCGAUAAUAUCUAUCGAAUUUCCAGUCUCAAAGUCCUUCAAUGUCGCAAUGUUAAUCCCUUCUUCAUCAACAAGCUUCGUUCCUUUUCUUCUUCUGCUAAAGCUGCUCUCAACGAUGGCCAUAACAGCAACAGCAGCAGCUCUAAUGCAGGAAAUACAUUUCUGUUGCCUGGCGCAACUGUGGCUACUAUACUUAUGCUUGGUGCUCUUCAUGCUCGUCGCCUUUACGAUGAUAAGAAGGUUGAGGAGGCAAAGGAGAAAGGCUUUGAACCUGGGUUCCAGCCUGAUGCAAAAGCAUCAUUUUUGGGACUGCUACCCCUACGCACUAUCUCUCGUAUGUGGGGCUCCUUAAUGAGUGUGGAACUUCCUGUAAAAAUGCGACCAUAUGUGUACAGAGCAUGGGCACGGGCAUUUCAUUCAAACUUGGAGGAAGUGGCUUUGCCUCUGGAAGCAUACCCAUCUAUGCGGGAUUUCUUUGCUCGGAGGCUGAGAGAAGGUUGCAGACCUAUAGACAAUGAUUCUCAAUGCCUGAUCAGCCCUGUGGAUGGCAUUGUUGUGAGAUUUGGGGAGUUGAAAGAACCUGGUGCCAUGAUUGAGCAAGUUAAAGGUUUUUCCUAUUCUGUGUCUGCUCUUCUUGGACUAAAUUCUUUCCUUCCCAUGGUAUCUGGAAAAGAUGUGGCUGAAAAGAGCAGUGAAGUAGAGAAUGUUCACAGGGAUCAAACUAAGAAGUCAUGGUGGAGAGUAUCCUUUUCUUCUCCCAAAUUUCAGGAACCAGUACCUGCUAGUCCAAUGAAAGGUCUUUUUUAUUGUGUCUUGUACCUAAGCCCUGGAGACUACCAUCGUAUACAUUCACCUGUUGACUGGAAUGUUCUUGUCCGCAGACAUUUUUCAGGUCGCCUUUAUCCUGUGAAUGAGCGUGCUACUAGGACAAUCAGAAACCUAUAUGUCGAGAAUGAAAGGGUUGUGCUAGAAGGUCACUGGCAACAAGGGUAUCUAGCACUUGCAGCAAUAGGUGCUACAAACAUUGGUUCUAUUGAGCUUUACAUUGAGCCAGAGCUGCGUACAAAUCGUCCUAGAAAGAAGUUUCUACAGUCAGAGCCACCUGAGGAGCGCGUGUAUGAACGAGAAGGUGUUGGCUGUAUGGUUAAGAAAGGAGAAGAGGUUGCAGCUUUCAACACGGGAUCAACCGUGGUACUUGUCUUUCAGGCUCCGGUAGCCAAAUCAACAAAAGACAACACACCAUCAACAGACUUCCGAUUCAACAUCAAACGUGGUGAUAGAAUCCAUGUGGGAGAAGCCCUUGGGAGAUGGAAUGAUGCACAGAAAAAAGAAUGAGGCUAUAUAAUGGAACUUGUAGGAGCACACAAAUUUUUGUAGGUGACAGAAGAUAUCAUAGAAGUUUUGUCCAUUGCAACUAUUGAGAGAGCCAUUACUAACAAAUAUAUACGCAUGUAGUCCCCACUUAGAAUUUAAUGUAUCGUGGUUUUAUGUGAAAUUCAAUUGAUUGCCUAAUUGUAAAGAGGGGAUAUAUUAUACACUAAACACCUAUAUUGAGGCUUAUUGGUCCAUAUUAUGUAGUAUAAUACUAUGUGAAGAUUUGAUCUCUUCUCUUUUAA